UCAGACACUGAACUAAUUGUGUAACUCCGCAACGGAAAGUGCCAUUGGAGAGAACAUGCUGACCUCACAGCCGAAAAAAACUAUUUAAAAGAUGUGGAAACCAGAUGUUUCAGCCGCAUUCCAGCCGCUGCUCUGAGAAAUUCUCGUGGGCAGCCCUGACACUGUAAACGGCUCUGCAACGGAAGACAUGGUCGUCCUCAUUUGCUUAUGCGUCUUGCUGUGGGAAGAGGCUUACGGAUGGGGAUUCAAGAACGGAAUCUUUCACAACUCCAUAUGGCUUGAACAAGCAGCGGGUGUAUACCACAGAGAAGCCCGGGCUGGCAGAUACAAGCUCACCUACGCGGAAGCCAAGGCCGUCUGUGAAUAUGAAGGUGGCCGUCUCGCAACCUACAAGCAACUAGAAGCAGCCAGAAAAAUUGGAUUUCAUGUCUGUGCUGCUGGAUGGAUGGCCAAGGGCAGAGUUGGAUACCCCAUUGUGAAACCUGGGCCCAACUGUGGAUUUGGAAAAACGGGCAUUAUCGAUUAUGGGAUCCGGCUCAACAGGAGUGAGCGGUGGGAUGCUUACUGCUACAACCCAAACGCAAAGGAGUGUGGUGGCGUCUUUACAGAUCCGAAGCGAAUUUUUAAAUCUCCAGGCUUCCCAAAUGAGUACGAUGACAACCAGGUCUGCUACUGGCACAUUCGGCUCAAGUAUGGCCAGCGAAUUCACCUGAGCUUUUUGGAUUUUGACCUUGAACAUGAUCCUGGCUGCUUGGCUGACUACGUAGAAAUCUAUGACAGUUAUGAUGAUGUCCAUGGCUUCGUAGGAAGAUACUGUGGAGAUGAACUUCCGGAAGACAUCAUUAGUACAGGAAAUGUCAUGACCUUGAAGUUUCUGAGUGAUGCAUCUGUCACAGCCGGAGGUUUCCAGAUUAAAUAUGUCACAGUGGAUCCUGCAUCUAAAUCCAGUCAAGCCAAAAACACAAGUACUACUGGAAAUAAAAAGUUCUUAGCAGGAAGAUUUAGCCAUCUAUAAAAAAAAUUUUUUUUAAGAUUUUCAAAACAUACAAUAUUUAUGUUUGUAGUUUUUGGACCUCCUUUGUUCUCACUUUUGUAUUUUUAUUAUUAACAUGUAUUUAUUAUUUUUCCAAAUGUGAAAGCAAUAUGUAAAUGUGGGAAAAACUGAAAAAAAAAGAGAAAAAAAACCUCAUAAUUGAACUACAUAGAAAUAACUAGUGUUAAGAUUUUUCAGUAUUUCUCUUUCAUUCAUUUUUCUACCUGUAGUAUAUGUAUAUAUGUAACUAUAUGUAUUUGUAUUUGAAUUUUGGCAUUCUGCAUUAUGUAUAGUUUUUUAUCCUGAUAUUUUUAACCUUAACAUUUGUAGCUCAAGUAAUUCCCAAGAUCACUGAGUUUUCUACAAAACAGGACUCGCAUAGCUGUAAAUAUUCCCUGGUAUGAUUGUUCCCUGACUUAUUUAAGCCAAAUUUAUAUUGGGAUGUAAGGUUGUUUUCAUAAAUAUUGCUGUAAUAAAUACCCUUGGACAUAAA